AUGGACGUUCUCUCCGCCAAGCUCGCGGCUGCUUCCCCGCGCUUUCGCGCGACGCUGGCCUCUCUCGAGAACUUUGGCACGCCACCACAACCGGAUGGCAUCAUCUUUCCCCAGUUGUGUAAGUGACCUCUGUGGAUGUUGUGGCAUAUGACAUUCUAAGUUAGUAUUGACGAUGUUUCUAUUUGCUUAACUCCUUUGCUUGCCUCGCAACCUUGGCUCGAACUUACGCCACUUGCUGCAUAACCGGCCGUCGCCCUACCAACCUCGCGCAUCCCCCCGGCUCCGUCCCCGUGCCUGCGACCGCUUUUGACCCCUGACUUGCGAUGGAUCCUCGAAUUCGAUGCAACCCUACGAUCUGACAUUCACGCCAACAGACUCUUUUUUCUUGCAUCCCUGGACUCCAAUCGUCUUUGCGGUCGUUUACUUCUUCACGACGAAAUAUUUGUCCGCCAACUCGGACGGCAAGAACAGGAUCACGGGCAAGAGGUGGAAGGUCGCCGUCGUGAUGCACAACUUGUUUCUGGCAGUCUACUCGGCAUGGACGUAAGUCUGAGAUCUGACACGUGAAAGGAAAGGCGUUGCUGCUCCGGUGCCACAGCAGAGUACCAUGACUAGCGCACUCGCUGAGCCGCUCCCUACCCUCCGCACAUGCCUCCAGCUUCGUCUCGGCUGCGCCGUUGAUUUUCUCGGCAUUCGCUCGAUCUUACGUCGCUGAUGGUCUGACGGGUUUGACCCACACCUUCUGCGACUCGUCGCUCGCGUUCUGGAGCAAUAACACGUUCUCGCGCGUCGCCUACCUGUUCUAUUUGUCAAAAUUCUACGAAGUCGUUGACACGGCCAUCAUUCUGGCCAAGGGUUAGUCCUCCAGCGAGCUUGAGCACUCAAAACCCGAUGUGCUGAGUCACACUCGCGAGUUUGCACUGACGUUCCGUAUCCCGUUUCCAGGCAAGCGAGUUGGCAUGCUACAAUCGUACCACCACGCCGGCGCGGUGAUCAGCAUGGGCUUCGCCUUCCGAAGCAUGUCGAUGCCGGCGUGGAUUUUCGUCGUCUUCAACUCGGCGAUCCACAGCUUCAUGUACCUCUACUACGUCGCAUCGGCCUGUCGUCUCCCCUUCCCCAUCUUCCUCAAGAAGAACUUGACGAGGCUUCAGAUUACUCAGUUCCUCGUCGGUGGCUCGUUGGCCGUGUCGUACCUCUUCAUCGCUCUCCCGAACACGCGCCCCGCUCACCUGCAGGAGGCGCUGGCGCCCUUGUUCUGCGACAUGAGCCACGCGUUGGGCUCAUCCACGCUCAACGUGACGAGCUUGGAAUUUGCGGCGAGGGAACAACUAGUGGAAGCCAGGGUUGGUGGUAGUUGUUUGGUGACGCCGAACCAGAGGCUUGCAGUCUGGAUCAACGUCCUGUACUUGAUUCCUCUGAGUGAGUCAUCCCUAGUUUAGGUGGCGUGUUCAGAUGUGCAUCAACCAGAAGAGUAAACCCUAACCCGUUUUGCUGUCCCUCUGUAACAGCUUACCUCUUCCUCUCUUUUUUCAUCAACUCUUACCGCAAGUCCGCGGUUGGCCAAGGAAACCUCAAGUCGUCUCCGACGGAAACGAAGUCGGUCAAGGCGGAAUGA